AUGGUGACUCUUCUUAAUAGCAACGGACCCGAUCCGCUGCCGGCACCUAAGCAGAUUCGCUUCGUCAAUAACCAAGGUCAACCACCAACCAAGAGGAGAAGGAUAAACGCUGCACGUAAAACAAGGUGCGCCGGCGAACAUCCUACUUGUUCGACAUGCACCAAGAACGGGCAUGACUGUUUGGGAUACUCGGACGGCCUCGAGAAAAGCGGCAAGAAAGAUGGCGGUCCUGAUGAAGAUGAAUACGGUGAUGAGGGCUCGGAACUUGAUCGCAAACAGUGGAAAAACAGUCGAGGUGGGAUUAAGCACUUCGAUAUAGACGACGAUUCUCCCAAGUCUUCUAGCCGCACGUCUGAGCCCGCUCAAGAUCGUGCAAACUCUAAUGUGCAACUCAAGUCGGAAAAUAUAGACUGGGAAGAGCCAAGUUCGCGACCAACACCGCGCAUCGAACCAAUGGGCCGACCGCCGAAUCCGCGAAAUCCCUCUUUCUCGACCGAAGGUGGCUUCAGCGAGGCUGCCCAUUCGCCGGUACAAUUCCACAACGAGAGCCACCGGGUUCCAUACUUUCGUUACUUCGGUCCUACCGCUAUAGUUCCGGGCUUUAAGCAGAUGGUAGUAAAAGUACGAGAUCGACGACGAAGCUCUAUAUCAGCUACUUCACCCAGCGGCGCAAGUUCGACAUUCUCCGGGAUAAUAAAUUCCAUGCAGCCAGACAUCGAACUCGCCCACUUGGAUGAUAUGCCUGUUUACGAUCCCAACGACACGAACGACGUACAUCCUCUGAUCCUCCAACUAAUUGAUACCUUCUUCGUUCAUGUAGGGAGUAAUUACCCAUUUUUACGGCGCGACAAAUUUCCUAAGUUGGUUCAGGAGAAGCGAGUAGAACCGAUAUUGGUAGAUGCCGUAUGUGCCCUUGCAGCACGGUUUUCUGACCAUCCCCUAUUUCGAAAAUGGAACGAUGGCAAGUUAGCCAAAUCGGAGUAUGGCUAUAUCUAUGCUCAGCGAGCUAAGGCCGCCACCGUUGACACUUUCCCGUGUCCGACAGUUUCGGCUGUUCAAGCUUGCCUAUUAAUGGCGUAUGACGGUUUCGGUGCUGACCAGGACAGCGCGCUGUGGAUGUAUUUAGGAAUAGCAAUUCGUAUGGCGAUCGACUUAGGUCUAUGUAAGGAAGACGGUGUGCGAUAUCGAGGCGAGAAAGACGCUUGGUAUACCCGGGGUUACAGUAGGAAGUCGAGCGACGAUUAUUCCCAGCAGAAUCAGCAGGGCGCAGACGGUACUGUCCUUAGCCCGGAAGAGCAAAAGGAAGUUGAACAGGAACGUAUUGACACGUUUUGGGCAGUAUUCUUCCUCGACCGUGCCAUCUCCUCUGGCACCGGUCGACCGGUUUCCCUUCGAGAUGACGACUUUGAUUUACAGCUUCCAAAGUCCUCUGUCGAUCCCGUCUCCGGUUGGCCUGAUCCGAACGCGUCGCUGUUGCAGAUUAUUAACCUCUAUGGCCGAGUCUCAGACGUUCUUAAUAAUAUCACACAUGCUCAAGACCUCACGCAAGAUAAAAUGAAUAAGCUUGCCCAAAUGGAAAUCGAACUCACAAGGCUCCAUCAAAGAACGGACCCGCGUCUCCGGUUCGACGCUAACAACUUCCAAGCUCAUGUGAAGAAUGGUCAAGGGACAACUUUUAUCCUUCUACACUUCUGGUUCCAUGCGUUGAUCAUUGUCCUGCACCAGCCAACGUUGCUGACGAAGGAGGGUACCAUUAACCGAACGCACCAGUUGAAGACGCACAGUCGGGAACUUUCUAUGUCCAGUGCUAAGACGAUAGCCGAUAUCCUCGCCUUUGCCGAAUUACUCGACCCGAAAUGUUUCAUCGGCAAUCCCUUUACUUCGCAGCCCAUUUAUAUUGCAGCGUGCGCAUUUCUCAGAGAAUCGAGAGCCAGUUCGUCACAACCUGGCUCGAGGGACGCAACCCCGCCCCCCGAGCCCAGAGGUCAGACAAAUAAAAGUGGCUCGGCUGUGGUGGACUCGGGUCCAGCUUCGAGACAUCUGCUCCUCGCCUCUGCUGCGAACCAGAACUAUCAAGCGUGCUACAAAGCCCUGAAGCAGAUGCACGCGUACUGGGGUGGUGUCCGAUAUAUUCUCACUGCCCUGGACCAGAAGUUGGAUGGUCAAUGGGAUUGCGAGACGUACACAAUCGAAGAGUACGAGAGCGCCAGGCGGUAUCGCCAGUCUAGCGUUCUUAGUAGAGUCGCGAAACAAAUAGAUUAUCCUGCUUCGCCAAUACCUGAAAAUGGUCCUCCGCUCGCAUGGUCGUUAACUGGUACGACAAACUCUCCUAACUCUAGUUUGACGCUUUUGUUCCAGAAUCCCGUCAACCCUGGUAGUAUUAUGCCCUCGCAAGUAAUCUCCACGACUGCUCCCACAUCUGCUGCGCCAACUUCUGCACCUACGCCACCCGGGAACAUGAUUUAUGACCCUAUACGCCAGAGCCUCCCGGAGGCUACCACAUCUAUUUACCAUCCCGCAUACCCUCAACCAAAUACUUCAGCCCUGCGGCAUUCGAUUAGCCACCAUCGCCGGGUCUCGGGUGGUGCGUCGGCUCAAAACAAGCCGUCUCUUCUGAGGUACGAGAGCCUAUCUGCUCAAGAUGACCAUAAUAAGGUUUCCAUGAGUGUCCCGCCAACGUUGUUUACGCCGCCAUCGCAGCAUUCAACAAGUUACGACCAAUCGGGCACUAGUAGUUACCCUACUAAUGGCUCACCAGCUAGCAGCACGCAGAGUCAGACCAACAUCGGAGGGCAAUCAUCGAACGCCUCGGAAAGCGGGCCAUCAAACUUUGCGCAGAGUGGCAGCGGGCUCGCUUCCAGCGGGUACUCGUACCUAGGGCCUGGCGGGGCAUCGGACCUGCGCCUGCUAACCUACGAUAACGAGACAGAUAUCGGGCAGCAUCUUACAAGCUUCGAGAGCACCGAGAUGUUGAGCUGGUUCGGCGACUACUUUCCCGCCCCCGUAGCCUCGGACUCGGGCACCACCGACGUGGGUAUCGAGGACGGUAGCACUGACGUUCCCGGCGAGAAGGGCAUUAGCGGACCGCGUGAUACGUGUAUGGAUGACUAA